GUGGUGGUAGCUGGAAAUGAGGGUGGUGCAUUCCUCCUCCCCAGCCCAUUUAUGCACAGCUGGGUAAUAUGUCUGUUGUCUGCCUGCAACCAGCUUGUUGAGUCUUCUCUUUCUGGUUGGGGGCCUUUGUUUCCUGUUGCAUAUAAAAUUUCUUCACUUCUCCAUCCUAAAAUAUUGUAGUUUAUCUUUUGCGGUUCUGUGUUUCACAUCUUCCUGUGUGCUUACACUUGCUUCCUGCCUCUUCUGUUUUCUGUUUCUCCCAUUAGCUCUGUAAACCCAACUCCCCAAGCAAGUAUUUCUACCUUACAAGCUGCUUACAGCAGCUAGAUGCCUUUUCUAGACAAACCAAUCCCAGACAAAACUGUCCCAGCCCUUGCACUUAUGCAGCUGCUCAUUUGACCCUAAUCCAUUUUAAAAGAAGAGCACUGGUGGGUGAGGAUGGAGUCAGAGGAGGGAGGUCCUUGCUUGCUGACACAUCUACAAAGCUGAGAGACCCACGGUGUGAUCUACACACUUUCCCAUGGGAGAAGCAGCAUUUCAACUCUUCCCUGAUCAGCUCAAACUGAUUAUUUCUGGUCUUUAGAGCUUUUAUGAUCAUUUUAUUAGACUUCCUGGCUGUGCUUCAGUGGCAGGUGACUGAAUUUAGUCUUCUCUGCAUCAGGGUGAUAGCAGUAAUGCAAAGUUUAAUGAGCACCUGCAAAGCUGUGUAGCAGGGAUGCCCGUGGGACUCUUCCGGGUGUGCCUACUGGUGAUUACAGCUAUUGUCAACCACCCGCUCUUCUUCCCUAAGGAGAAUGGCACCGUCCCCGAGAACACAGAAGAAAUCAUCCAGAAGAUGAAGGAGCGGGAGGAGAGCCUGCGGCUGGAGCAGUUGCGCUUGGAGCAGGAAAUCGCAGACCAGGAAGCCACACAGAAGGCUCUGGAAAAGGCUGCAGUGGUAGUGGAGGAAAGCAAAGAAGAAAAGGUCCGAUGGGAUAUGUGGACUGCCCUCUCCAUGGUCGUCUUCCUGCUGAUCGAGCUCUGGAGGCAGGAUUUCCAGGAAGGGAAUUGGCAGGACAUAGGAGGAGAAGAGGAUGACAUGGCAGUCCUAGGGAAGGCAUUUAAAGGAGUGGCCUUCCCUGACAAGGCUGUCCUGGCCAGCUUCUAUGAGAAGCGCAUCCUGGGUACCACCGGAGACAUGGCCAGGAUGCGGGAGAUGGUGGAAGGCUUUGCAGAUGACCUGCUGGAGGCCUUGAGGAGUGUUUGUAACCGGGAUGCUGACAUGGAAGUGGAAGAUUGCAUGGGUGUGGGGAGCAUGUAUGAGAAUUGGAGAGUGCGUAAACCCUUCGUCUGUGAUCUGAUAGUGCCUUUUGCCCCCCCAGAGCCUUACUGCUUUUGCUGCCAGACCUGGUGCUCUGGUGACUCUUUUCCCCCAGAUGAACAAGGUUAUGGCACUAUCAAGGUGUGCAGGGCAGAUGAGGAUGCGACGGGUUGUAUCUGUGACAAGACUAAAUUAGGGGAAGAUAUGCUGUGCCUCCUCCAUAGCCAGGUCAGUAGUACCAGGCCCAGCAGUGAGAUGGAAGACCUCCUGUGUUUCAAAAAUACUCAAUAUCUGGAUGCCAACCAAGUCAUGAAGUGGUUCCAGAUUGCCGUCACCAAGGCCUGGAACAGAAUCUCCCACAAAUACGAAUUUGACCUUUCCUUCAGCCUCCUGGACUCACCAGGAGCCCUGAAGAUAAAAUUUAAAUCGGGGAAAUCGAUUGCCUUCAACCUCACCCCUGUGGUGCAGUAUGAGAACUCUGAUGUUUACUUCAUCUCCCACUUUCCCCGGAGCAGCCUGGCAGCAGACACCCGCUCCAGCACCCACUGGUUUCUCACCUUUGCAGUGUAUGAAAGGAGGUUCAUCCAGCUGGUCUCCAAAACACUGCCUGCCAAUGCCUGCCACGUCAGCUGCCUUCAGAUCCUCUCCUUCCUCCAUGGGAAGCAAUGCAGCCUCACAGGUCCCAGCGGGCUCACCAACUACCACCUGAAGACAGUGCUGCUGCAUCUCCUGCAGGCACGUCCCAGUCAGGACUGGGCCCCAGAAAAGCUGGAGGUCCGCCUUCAGGACAUGCUGAAAUUCCUAGAGAAAUGUUUGCAUGAAAAGAAGCUUUAUCACUUCUUUAUUGGCAAUGGGAAGAUACCAGCAGAGCUGGGUUUCCCCAUCAUAUUUCAGAGGGCUGAGCCUCUCAACCUUUUCCGUCCCUUUGUACUACGCAGGGACAUUUACAGGAAGAUGGUGGACACGUUCCAUGAGAUGCUGAGGAACAUGUCUGCACUGAUAAAUGAGUACACAGUGCACAUUCCCCUUGCACACACCAAUGGGAUCCGUAAGGAACCCCUUUAACCAAAGCCAAACUCUAAGCACAAGUCCAGAGGCAACUUCUGAAGCCUCCUGGGGGCAUCUGACUUUGCCAAUAAGAGCUUCUUGUCUGGAGCUGAACCAGUCCUGGGCCAUGGUUCCUGCUGAAAGGAAGAGGCUAUGGGAGGAGAAUAAGGGGAAACUGGAAGAUGUGGUGUUGAAGUAGGUUUCUGUUCCAAUGCUGUGCUUGGUUUUAUGCAGCUAAGAAUAUAUUUUUUCUAUUGUGCCUCAGUCAUGCUACAGCAGCAAAUAUAAGUAAUUUAUUCAGAUGCCUGCAAUGCAAAUGGGGAUGGGGGUGUGAUGGUGGCCAAAUACUUAAUUUCCUUCAGAAGGGGGAGAUAAGAACAGGGUGGGGGAAUAAGGGACAGGAUCUUGGGAUCAAAGGAGCCUGUCUGCUUCCAGACAAUGGGAGUUCUUUCACCAGUGGGAAGUGCAACAAGUCUACAUGCUGGUGGGGAGAGGAGGAGGGUCAUGCACAAGAUCUGGACAGUAUGGAGUCUUAAAAAAAGCACAGCUUCAAAAGGGAACUGUAGUUAAAGAAGAAGAAGAAGAAAAAGUCUUCUUGAUUGGACUUGCAGCAGUAACUUAAAUGGCUUGUCCUGUCUUUCAGAAACACCCCUGCACAUUUUUUCUCCUGUGGGAGGAUGUAGCAGAGCAGAGUCUGUGUCUUCAGACCAUUUCAUUCAAGUCUUCCAUGGAAACAUGGCUAGUGGUUUAUAUUCCUGCCCAUUUUGUAUGGAUCAAUGAACAGGAACCUUUUUUACCUUAGAUAAAAGAAACACCACUAUUGGGUUCUGGCCUUUUGAGCUGUUUGUUAUCCUUACCUUGGGGCACUAAGGCAUGAGAACAGCCUAGUUCUCAAGGCAAAGCAAGCAAAAAGCAAAAAAAUUCUCAAAAAGCAAAGCAAGGCUUGAACUAUAUGAUCUUUGGAGGUCCCUUCCAGCCCAAACAAUUCUGAUUCUAUAACUGCUCUAAGUUUUGCUUUCAUAAAAGAAACAAUUCUCCAAAAUUAUCCUAUAAUGAAGCCAAUCUCAGAAGCCUGGUAGCAGGAGUGAACAAUCACCCUCCAAAUGAGUGUGACUCUCUGCACGUGGUUUUAAUUAGGCCAAGACCAGCAGGCAGGAGAAGGAAGGGAUGAAAAAGAUGCACAUGUAGUAGACCUGGGCAGUGCUGUUUGCAGCUGCCUUAUGAUCUGUGUUCCACAUAAGCAGGCAAAAGCUACUUUAUACAUUCUCCUCAAUCUUUUUAAAGACUGCUGCACUAGUAGACUGUAAUUUGCUGAGCUGGGAGUGCAAAGGAGGAGAGCUGCUGCAGGCUUUCAGACCAGGGGAAAAUCUUGAGGUAUGUGCUAAAAAAAAAACAACUGCAGAAAUGGAAAUGCCUGAAAUCCCACAGGAAGCAUAUUAGUGCUGUGCCAGCAGGCUGCCCAACCCCAGCAAGGUGGCUUUGCUGAAGGAGAGGACUCAGGAGAUCCUCACCCUCCUGAGGGGUCCAAGACAGGGACACUGUGUAAUUGCUUUAUGCUGGUCCCAGAAGCCUGGCCUCCAGUGCUAAGGGGCCUUUCCUACCAUUUUUUCACACUAGGAUUUCCUGCAAAGUUUUACACUAGGGUUCCCUUAAUCCUGUUUACAAGAGGGUGAUUGUUCUGUGAGGUAAAACCCAUCAGGGAUGCUUUUACUGUCACUCCAUAGGUCCUUUUUUAUCAAUCCUCUCUAUCACGUCAGAGAGAAGAUCCAAUCCUGUAUCACUGCUGGGGAGAGCAUAUAACAUGAAGCUUGUUACCCAGCCUUAUCCAGUUGAUAAGCAAACUCUCCAUAGACAUGUCCUCUCUUCCCUUUUCCUGGGAAAAAACUGUUUUACCACCUCAUUGGUGUCUGCUCUUCUCUGUCCUGCCACUGGUGUGGGACACUUCACACCCAAAGGCAGAGAAAGCUGUGACUCCUGUCUCCACAGCAGGUUUAUAAGAAAGCACAGAUGGUGAUGGAGCUAUGCUCAGAGUGCUGCUUCCCUUGGCUUUAAUUACCACAGGUAGUUAAGUAGGAUCUCUGAACAGAAAGUAAGGGGUAGGUAGGAAUGGAGGAGAAGAGGCUGGUGGGUAAUGCCAGUAGGAAAAAGUCUUGGAUCAUCAUUGCUUGCUUCAGCAUCCUUGGUGAUGAGUGCCUGGGAGACUGCCAGGAGAGCAACAGGGCGGGACUAAUUGCUGACGCUAACGAGUGCUGUAAAUCCCUGACUUUCCUUAGUACAGCCAAGAAGGCUUUCCCCAGUAGGAAAAAGAGCAGGAGCAAUCUCAGGGGCCAUGGCAAGCAGGUAGUGACAAGCAGAGGUACAGGGAGGGUGGGUCAGUACUGGAGCCAGAGGCUACAUCAGAAGCUGUGUAAGUCGUUUGCAAACCUAGGUGAUUUGCCAUUUUUACCUGCCCAGGUUUACUGCAAAGUGCCUGUAGCAAAUCCAGCUUUACGUGGAUUGCUGGCAGGCAGGUCACACUGGAGCAGUUGUGGUUGAAGUUGCUUCUAAAUGUGCUCCCAGCCCAGCCAGAGAGAAUUAGAAUUUCUCUGCCGUUUCCUGUCAGUAGUCUAAAUUUAGUCUGCAAAGAACAGAAACAAAUUUGUGACCUGGGUCUCUCAGGAAAUGACAUUCAGAGUUGAAAAAUAACUUUUAUAUAAGGUUGAGCAGGGGGAGCAUGAGAAGAAAAGACUGUUAAACAGAAUAAGGUAACUCCCCUAUUAAAAUGUCAGAACAAAGCUUUGCAAUACCAGUUGCAAUGGGGUUGUAAACGUGCCCAAACUCGUCCUUACACAGCCCCAAGCACUGCUGCUCAGACUCAAAGGGAACCUGAACUGAUAAGUGGAUUGAAUCUUUUGUUCUUUAUUUUCUGUACUUGUUUGCCUGUUCUCUCUUACACCCAAACUGACCCUGAAGUAUUCCCAUGGGAUUUAGUUGAACAGGAGUGUUGCCGCUGAAGAUGAAUAGAUCACACUGACACAGGUCGAGGUGUGGUAAAAAGAAGAGUUUAUUUUUCCUCCCGGGAUUUGUAGGCUUCUGACCAGGGCCAGGGAUUGGAUGGUCAGGAUAACACUUUCUCACUGCACUGGCCAUGAGAGAUGCCCAUCACAAGACGUGUAACA